GACACAGCUAUACACACCAACGAGGCAGUCGCUCUGCAUGCCACAAGCCCACGGCCCGAUCCCGUACAACCGUUACAACAUGCCGACCGCAUGCGACAACGUCGGAGGCGCCUGGGACGGUGGCGACGCGCCGUUCUUCCUCAAGAUCCGUGGCCUCACACCGACCGAAUGCUCUGCCGACUGGCUACGGAACGAGGCCGAGUGGUGCGUGGACGAGCGUGCGAACGAGCUGAGGCUCGUUGCCAACACCGCACCUACUCAUGCCAUUCGCAUGCAGCCCGGCAGGCCGCAGCCGUGCGCUGUGCCUUACUCGCUCACGCUACCGCUGGUGCCGACUUGGUCGGAGACCGUCACCGAGGUCCCCAGCAUGGGCCCCCUCGGCGUGACCCUCUCCGGUGUCCUGAUCGAGAGCACGCUGUGGGCGGUGCACAACGGCUUCAUAUUCUCGGACGAGCUGCAGUACGGCCACGCCUUGGGACCGCGCCCCCACUACCUGCACUACCACGCCGCCCCGCCGCCGCGGCGCGGCGGGAGGCCGGCGGAUGAGGAUACCCUGGUCGGGGUCGCGUUGGACGGCUACCCCAUCUAUGGCCCGCUCCCCAACACGGAGCUCGCCACCCUCGACGCGUGCAACGGCCGGAGGAGCGCGGCCGGGGGGUACCAGUACCACGCGCGGACGAUGGCGCAGGUGAACCUGUCGGAGCCGUACUGCGGCCGGCUGGGCGGGCGCGCAAACAACUGGAACCUCGUCCUCGGCUGCUUCCACGGCGUGGU